AUGCCACCACCGCAGCCACGAUCCGUGCAGCCCGAAACAUUCCUCCUGGACCAGGAUGCACAGCAGAGCUUGCCUCAAGAUUCAGUGGUCGCGCUGCAGCAGGUGGACAAUCUGAAAUACUUUCUCAUAUCUGCUCCUGUGGACUGGAGACAAGACUCGUACUGCAGGAGAUUUCUCUUGCCAACCGGCGAAUACGUGUCUUGCGUGUUAUGGAACAAUCUCUUCCACAUCUCCGGGACCGACAUUGUCCGAUGCUUGUCGUUCCGUUUCCAGGCUUUCGGCCGACCCGUCAAGAACUCGAAAAAGUUUGAGGAGGGUAUCUUCUCCGACCUGCGAAACCUGAAAUCUGGCACCGAUGCCUCGUUGGAAGAGCCCAAGAGCCCGUUCCUGGACUUCCUCUACAAGAACAACUGCAUUCGCACGCAAAAGAAGCAGAAAGUGUUCUACUGGUACAGCGUUCCCCAUGACCGCCUUUUCCUGGACGCCCUUGAGCGCGAUCUCAAGCGAGAAAAGAUGGGACAGGAAGCCACCACUGUCGCCGUCAGCGAACCCGCGCUGUCCUUCGAAUUCGACUCCUCUCAGUCGCUCUUUGAGCAGCUCACCAAGGCGCAACAGAACAACCAAUCGACUUUCAACGGCCAGCCACCAUCCAUGCCUCAAUCACACUCCACAUCGCCAGUCCUCCGCGCCGUUGAUUCGAUGCCACCACCCACCAUGAUCCCACAGCAGAUGCCAGCCACCUCGAUGCCACAGCAGAUGAACCAGCACAGUAUGCCACCACCACAGCACAGUAUGCAAGCCAUGCACGACGACUCGAUGAAUCACGUCUCAACCUACUCCCAGAUGGCGAUGCCGCCAAUGCCCUCUCAGAUCCAGAAGACCCGUGAGCAGUCACUCGGACCAGUUUUCGACCGAAAUGGAAUUCCACUCGCGCAGGCAGGGAACCGACACAGCUCAAUGCCUGCUUAUAUGGAGUACUCACCUGCACCGUCAUUCGUGUCGUCGCACUUUGAGGACUACAGCCAGCGCGGGUUGUCCUUUGAGCCUUUGACACCACCUCAGGGCACCGUUGGCAUGCCAUCAGAGGCUACUUACAUCGCCAAUGAGGAUACCGGAUUGUACGCCGCGAUGCCAGACCCUGGCAUGCAACAAUCUUUCAACCCGUUGAUGUCGAUGCAAUCAAACCUGCAGAAUGGCCAGUACCAGAACAUGCAACGAUCGUAUCAACAACCUCAACCCGUUUACUCCGUUCUCGAAGGCUCACCAACCUACAAACAGCGUCGACGACGAUCAUCCUUGACUGGAGCCAACGGCAUUCCCGUCAGCUCGGCCGGUGGGAUGCAACUGAACACACACGCGGUUCACAAACCAAGUGAUCUUCGCCGAUCCGUGUCAGCAUCUGUCGGUCCCGACGGUCAAGAACUGUCGUACAACGACUCUCCCGCCAGUCUUCACACCAACCAGCAACAUCAAGGUCAGCUCAUGGGCGAGCACAAGGAACUCGCAGACCUCUCCCGUCACAGCACACCACAACACGCCGUUGAAGGCGCCAUGGAUGACUCCCGCGCCCACCAACAGACAAUGAUGAACAACGUCCAAACCGAAGACUUUGCCCAAUACAACAACCCCAAUUCCGGCCACGACUAUCGCCAACCUCACCAACUUCACCCCAACGCCAUCCGCACAAACGGCGUAUUUCGCCGCGCUCGCAGCGCCACCGUCAGCGAUUCACCAUAUGCCCAAAAAGCCCACUCCUGUCCGAUCCCCAUGUGCGGCCGUCUGUUCAAGCGCCUAGAGCACCUGAAGCGCCACGUUCGCACGCACACCCAGGAACGACCAUACAUUUGCACACUAUGCAACAAGGCCUUCUCCCGCUCGGACAACCUGGCUCAACAUCGUCGCACGCACGAGACGAGCGCUGAUGGCUCCGCACCAAGCGAGGAGGAGAUGGAGGAGGAAAGGGACGCGAUGCAGGAGGAUACUAAUGGUAACAACGGCGACCUGGACGACUCGGCGUACCAGGUCAUAGCGGGUAUGUCGACUGGUGUUGACAUGCCGGGUUUGCCGACGCACGUCGAUAUGAGGAGUCUGAGUGGACACGACGGUAUGGGCAUCGCGCCGCAGAUGGUCACAACGGGAGACUACCACCACUGA